AUGGGGCUCCGGGAGCUGUCCGUGGUGCUGAUCCUCGCCGGGGGACUCGUGCGCGUGACCCUGCAAGGAGAAUUUCAGAGGAAACUCUACAAAGAACUCCUGAAGAAUUACAACCCUUUGGAAAGACCGGUGGCCAAUGACUCUCAGCCCCUCACCGUCUCCUUUGGUCUCAGUCUCAUGCAAAUUAUGGACGUGGAUGAAAAGAAUCAGGUGUUAACCACCAACAUUUGGCUACACAUGUAUUGGACAGACUAUUACUUACAGUGGAAUAUGUCUGAUUACCCCGGUGUGAAGAACGUACGAUUUCCUGAUGGCCAGAUAUGGAAACCUGAUAUUCUUCUAUAUAACAGUGCUGAUGAGCGCUUUGACGCAACAUUCCACACCAAUGUUCUGGUGAACUCUUCAGGUUACUGCCAGUAUCUCCCCCCAGGGAUAUUCAAGAGCUCUUGCGAAAUUGAUGUGCGCUGGUUUCCCUUUGAUGUCCAGAAGUGUAAAUUGAAAUUUGGGUCCUGGACUUAUGGCGGAUGGUCUUUGGAUCUACAAAUGCAAGAAGCAGAUAUAUCAGGAUAUAUUUCAAAUGGCGAAUGGGAUUUAGUAGGAGUCCCCGGGAAAAGGACGGAGUCGUUUUAUGACUGCUGCAAAGAGCCUUAUCCGGAUGUGACUUUUACAGUGACGAUGCGACGCAGGACUCUAUAUUAUGGACUCAACCUCCUCAUUCCAUGCGUGCUGAUCUCUGCUUUGGCCCUUCUGGUUUUCCUGCUCCCGGCAGACUCAGGGGAGAAAAUCUCAUUAGGGAUAACAGUUUUAUUGUCUCUCACCGUUUUUAUGCUCCUGGUUGCAGAAAUUAUGCCAGCCACCUCAGAUUCGGUGCCAUUAAUAGCUCAAUAUUUCGCUAGCACCAUGAUUAUCGUUGGCCUUUCCGUCGUCGUCACUGUGAUCGUUCUGCAAUAUCACCACCAUGAUCCAGAUGGAGGGAAAAUGCCAAAGUGGACCAGAAUUAUCCUUCUCAACUGGUGCGCCUGGUUCCUACGGAUGAAAAGACCUGGGGAGGAUAAAGUCCGUCCGGCGUGCCAGCACAAAAGGCGGUGUAGCUUAUCAAGCGUUGAGAUGAACACCGUGAGCGGACAACAAUCCAGUAAUGGGAACAUGCUCUACAUUGGAUUCCGGGGGCUGGAAGGGGUCCACUGCACUCCGACAACCGAUUCCGGGGUGAUCUGCGGGAGAAUGACUUGCUCCACGACAGACGAGGACCAUCUUCUUCACAGUGGACACCCUUCUGAAACUGAUCCGGAUCUGGCUAAGAUCCUGGAGGAGGUCCGCUACAUCGCCAAUCGAUUCAGAGACCAGGAUGAAGCGGAAGCCAUUUGCAACGAGUGGAAGUUUGCUGCUUCUGUGGUGGACCGCCUUUGCCUGAUGGCCUUUUCGGUCUUCACAAUCAUUUGUACGAUCGGCAUUUUAAUGUCUGCACCCAAUUUUGUAGAGGCCGUUUCUAAAGAUUUUGCUUGACCUGAGCUCCUGGGGCUUGCAAAAUGUCAGCGCUCAAAGAAAAACAUGUUACGUAGCAAUAGCAUAUACGGGGCACUUUG